AUGAGCCAGCCAAGGUCAGGGGCUUCGCAUCCAGCACAAGGGCCUUUCGAAUGGCCAGAGAGAUUCUCCGAACGCCACAAAAUCUCCUACGAAUGGGAAAAUUUAGCAUGGAGUAAAUAUUGUGGAACCAUGCUGCGUUUUGAAACUCCAGAAGAUGAAAUCAAGUUCUUCCUGCAACUUGACGACGAUUCUGCAAGACACGAAGGUCGGGUUCGGCCUGUUCUGGACAUAUGCUCUGAUACACGGUUAGGAGACUUGCUUGAAGGUGACAAUGAUGGACCACAGAAGAAAAUGGGGUGGUUAAUAGACGGGAGCUAUAAUGAAAAGGAUGGAAAGUGGACUUCGAGGCCAUGUCUCGGAGCACUGUCGGCACGACAGUUGGCUUUCGAGCUACUGAAAAAAAGAUAUGCAAUUCCCGGAAAGAUCGACAACGAGCCAAUCGACGCAGAACGUCGGCUGAUCUACAUCACUGACCUUGACUGCUGGAGUAUCCUUGCACUCGUUAAAACAGCUCCUGAAUCUCUUGCCAGCCUCCUGGGAGAUUUCCUCCAGAAGCAUAUAUGCGCCAGAGCCUCUGUUAGUGUAUCAUUUGCUUCUAUUGGUCCCCCUAUCUUUGCCCUUAACUUUCACAUGCCAUUUCGUGUCUGGCGUACCAGCAACGAGUUACUGCGUGAUAAGCGUAUCAAGAAGUCCAAUGGAAAACCUCUCCGAACCUCCCACGACGUGUCAUUUUUAAUGUCUUCAUUAGCCACUUCCGAAAGUUCUGAAGUGCAUGGUAUUUACGCAGGACACGUUGCAUGCAUGGUUAGUGGUCGUGACAAGUGGAGGUGGACCGCCCAUCUAGCUAUUGACACAUGGUUUGAUAUGGACGAAGAUAUACCAGGCAAGGUUAUGAGGUAUCAUUAUGACCUUGAAGAAAGUGGAAUAGAGCUAGAUCCCCUCAGUUGUGGAAAUGACGACGCAAAAUUGCCAAUAUUGGAUCCAAGGACAUACUUCCUCAGGAUUGUGGGAAUUAGGUUUAGCCAUAUCAAAGGUGAAUCGGAUUUGCUCUUUCAAAACUGUAAUGAAGGAGUCACCAAUCUUUUUCAGGGCCAAAAGCAACUUUUCUCUAAACUCCGGCCUUUUUCAAGCGGUUCUGAUUUCGAGAAGCACGAAGGAGAGUUCGAAACGCUAGAGAAAAGCCUUGAGGAGUUGAAAGAAGUGCUCAACGAGUCGCUUGAUGAUCUCCAUGAGACACUGAAAACGGUUGAAUCGUUCCUUUCCUCAGAGGUCUAUUUCUUUUCGAACCACAACGGGCAACCUGGUGAUGCUUCAGAAUUCUAUCCCUUUCUAUCUAAUAUCCGCGGGGAUUUUAAUGAGCUUGCGCGGCUUUUCGGAUUCUUCAACAGCCUCAAAGAUAAAUGUGACGAUAUGAUGGAGAAUUGUAAUGCGGCAAGGAUGGCACUACUAAUCAAAACUGCCCAAUUUCCAAAGAAAUUGAAACGGCAAUCAGCCAGAAGUAGUAAGUUCACAAAUGCAACUCCUCUUUUCACGCAUAACAUGGCAGAAGGUACCAAUGACAAUGCUGGUUUUCAACGGAAUCGGCGUCCAAUAUCUCCUACGAGUGGCAUGCGUUUCAAUAGUAAUCGCAAACAUCCUGAAGGUCAACGUUUUGGAUAG